CCAUGGCUCGGAAGACUGCAGUGGCCAUGUUGCUGCCAGGGCUGCUGCUCGCCAUCCUUCUGACCGCCGCCAUCAGCAUCUUGCCACUUGGCAGGGUUGACACCAGCAGCCAGCAAGAGCAAGUCAAGCCCCCUCUCAUGCUCACCUCUACUUCCCCCACUCAUGACAAUGCCACUGCCACAGGCGGACCUCUCUCUCUUCUGCAUGCCCACGCUCCCAACCCGCCUCUUCAGACCAUCAACACCCUGUACCCUCUUCUGAUGGUGUUAUACUCUGCCAUUGCAACGCUCAUGGCACUGAUGUGGGGGAUGGGCGUGACCCACAUGCAGGUCAGAGCAUGGGUGCAUCAGCAGGGCUUGGCUGUGACGGCUGGGCUGAUGCAUCGUGGAAUCUGUCAUCUGCUGCACAGCCUCAUAAAUUGUGCCUGUGCUGGGAUGCAUAGAGCUGGCGAGGCUGCUGGGGCUGUCAUGUCUAGUAUGGCUGGGACUCACAAGCUGGAAGGAAUGUUGGUGACGAGAAUGAGGGAGAUGAUAAGGCAGGCGGAGGAGAGGGGGGGAGAGGUGGCAGCUGAGUUGGCAGCAGUGAGGAGGGAGCUGGCUGAACAGCGGGAGAUGGCUGAGAGGAGAAGAGAAUUGGAUUUGAGAGCUCUGCGGGAGGAGAUGAGGAUGAGAGAGGAUGAGGUGAGAGCGGAGUUGGCACGGGAGAGGGAGGAGAGGAGGAGGGAGGUGCAGGAGGUGAUUUGGCCACGUCUUAGGGAGGAGCUGGCAGAGUGCAGAAAGGGGUUGAGUGUUGAGGUGGGAAUCAUCCAGAGUGACGGCCAUCAGAGGACUGCUUGGCAGCGAAUCAAUUCAGCAUCACACGGAACUGAUGAUCUAAGCCUGGCGGGUCUCAACAGCAUCUCAAACGCCAUGCUCGAGCACGUGUCCAGCAUGAAGCAGCUGAAGCAUGUUGCCCUGUACUCUAGCUCAGGGUUCACUGCAGAGGGCAUCCAACAUCUCUACCGGCUGCCACAACUCCAGUCGCUAAACCUGAACAGCACGGACAUAGCAGACCAUGCCUUGGAAGGCAUUGGGGCCUUGACCAAUCUCGAGAUCCUCUAUCUUUAUGAUACCAAGGUGACUGAUGCUGGUCUGCCGCAUUUUACACGCAUUGCAUCACUCAAAGAGCUAGGGCUUGGUGAAUGCAGUGUUACAGAUGCUGGCAUGGUGCAUGUGGGGAGCUUGACGGGGCUUGAGAAGCUUUGGCUGAAUGGAACCGCAGUCACGGAUGAUGGGCUGCAGGAGCUGAGGGGCCUGACCAAGCUGACAAAGCUUUACCCGCCUGAAGGGGGUUGCCUUACGAACGAUGAUGCACACUGA